AUGGCCAAUUUCUUUAUGUCUGACUUGAUCUAUGUCUACGCGGCGCGAGCCACAUGCGAGCGGGCGCCUGGCGGCCGCAGCAACAGGAUCGGCAGCGGCGGCCACGACGGGGACGCGCCUGCGGCUCGAGCAGCGGCGGCGACAGCGACAGCAGCAGCCACUGCAGUUAGAGCAGCAGCAGCAGCAGCCGCCGCCGCAGGGAGCGGCGCUUCGCGGGCGCGCCCUCCUGAAGGAAGCCGCCCGCCCCCAUCACCGCCCCCUCUGGCGUGUUCAUGCCCCCGGGAGGCAAGAGGAGCAGCAGCGACACGGCCCCUCGCCUUGGCGGGUCCUGUACAAUCUCAUCCUGGGACUGCUGCCCUUGCCCAGGGGCCGCGGAGCCCCGGAGAUGGAGCCCAAUUAGGUGCCUGCGCCUGCCUGGUGGACGUCGGGGACUUGGGGGGCAGGCCCCUCCCACAGCCUGGCGCCCUGGCCAGCACAGGGGACAUUUCCUGCACCAUGUAGCAUACUGGACUACGAGCCCUGCCUGUCCCAGGGGCGGGCCCGGGCAGCCACUCCAGACCCAGCCCCGGCCCAGCCUGGGGUGCACUGUCGGAGAUGUGGACUCCUGGGUCCCUGGCCGAGAAGCCAGGGGAGAGAGGGCUGAUGGACUCAGCGUCUGAAGGCGGCGGUGACCGAGGGGGUGGGGACUGAGCCGCCCGCCUCUGCCGCCCACCACCAUCUCAGGAAAGGCUGCUGGUGCUGGCUGCCCGUUCCAGCUGCAGGGGUGACACUGGGGGGUCCCCUCCCAGUGCUCCUUCACUUUGGGCCUGGCCUCAGGCCCCUGGUGCUUCCCCCCCUCCUCUUGAGGAGGGGGCCCGUGAAGAACAAAUGAGCCAAACGUGACCACUAGCCUCCUGGAGCCAGAGAAUGGGGUGCGUCUGACGGCUGCCCCAGCCCAGCGCCCAGCCAUCUUCCCUGAGCCAGCCGGCGGGUGGUGGGCGUGCCUGCCUCACCUUCAUCUGGGGGUGGCCAGGGGGGCCCAGACUGUGAAUCCUGUGCUCUGCCCAUGACCACCCCCCGCCCCCCCCAUCAAUCCAUUGCAUAGGUUUAGAGAGAGCACGUGUGACCACUGGCAUUCAUUUGGGGGGUGGGAUAUUUUGGCGGAAACCGCCCCAGCCUUAGUCCCCAGGGCGAAGCGCUGGGGGGAAGCGGGGAGUCAGGGAGGGGGAAUCUCAGCAGAGGGAGGAGUCUGGGAGUGGGGAGGGUCGGCCCAGCCUGUAAAUUACUGUACAUGCGCUGCUGUAGAUACCGGAAUGAAUUUUCUGUACAUGUUUGGUUAAUUUUUUUUGUACAUGAUUUUUGUAUGUUUCCUUUUCAAUAAAAUCAGAUUGGAACAGUG